AUGGCUGAGAAAGAUAUUGUUCUUGUUGGGAACGACUCACAGCAUGUUGUUUUCACUGAGACCGAGACUGGCUCGGGAAAGGCCAAGGUCUCUGGUCUCAAAGGAGGCGUUCACUUGCUGAAGUAUUUCCUUGGGAAACUCAUGAACCGCCAGGAAGGGGACAUGGUGGCAAACCUGGAGAACCCCCACUCGUCGAUUGAAUUAUUCAGAGAUAAAAAGAAUAAAGAUUCCUUUCGAGUCCAGCGACAACUUCACAUCGGAGAUCCUAAGCUAAAGGAGGACAAAAUUACUGUCUCUGCGAGACAAGGCGCUGCAGUAGUUUUGUUGGAAGAUCAUAUCCAGAACCGAGAUGAAGAGAUAUGGAAGCUCUUCAAACUUGUCAAUGAAUUACAAGAAACCCUCCUUGUCUGCAAGAUCUCUCGACCCCUUUCCAAGGAAUACCGGGUCAACGUUUUCGAAGUGCUUGAAAAAGUGGUCAGUAACCUCGAUGACUUGAAGCAGACGCUGAAGGAGUUCUUGCUCCUGGACGCCCAAUCAGUGGAAGCCUUGAAUGGAUGGGAGGUCGAUGGCAAAAAGAUAUUGGACGCACUCAAGGGAGAGAUCCCAGCUGGGGUCACCAAUAAUGAGAACUGGAAGUGGCUGAAGGAACUCACAGAGCUGCCCACCUAUUCCAUCAACCAGGCCCUAAUGAACAAUCUGCAGUCGGAAACAGCGACUGCCGGCGACAAGAACUUACUUGGGGCAAUCCAGAGGGUCCGGGAUUGUACCGAAACGGAAUUGCCCAGAGAUAUCAUCACUCCGUUGGACGCGACCGGGAAGAACUAUGUCGCCGAUAAAGACUUAUUCCGAUUGCUCGAAGGAAAGGCGGUUGAAGAGGGUCAGAACUUGUUAACGGCACUCCAGGGCUUAUUGCCCGAUAUCCAGGUAUUGGGUGGAUUUUCGAAAGCAGGGAGGUCGUUAUUGGACGCGCUUGUUGAAAAGUACGAAAAACUAGGGACCCGGCCUGUUAUCAUAGUGGACGCUGAGGACCUUCGCCAGGAGGGUGUUCAGCUCAGUUAUCAUCUGUCUUGGUCGAAAACCGUGGAGGAAUUCACCCAGUUCCUUUCGAGUGAUAACCCCUUUGCGACAGACCUCAAAAGGUUUAAAGACGAAAAGAAAGCUCUGCAUCUCAUUGUGAGAUUUGGAUGUGAUGGCAUUAUUCAUUACGACAAGGAAAACCCCCAACAGCUGAACCUGUACUACGCGAAUUCCAAAUUCGUGGAAGGCGAUUAUGUCCAGCAUAUGUCCGGAGCGAUGAUUGGCGAAGCGACCGCGUUCACAGCGGGGCUGGUCUCUAAAUUGGCCGGUGAGAGCGCAUUCAACAUGCAAGACGCCAUUGCAUGUGGGAUGAAAGCGGCUUGCUCGCUGGUUUCAAAAGGCUUUGCAAGUCCCGAUCCAAAACAAUUCAUGUACCCCAAUGUAGCUGAGGGUGCUCCGACGAUGUAUUCGGAAAAUAAGCCUUUGACUAUCAACAUUGACGAUAUAUCAAAGGUUGAAACAGGACGAUGGAGCAUUCUCACCAACGGUCACAGUGCCGUAGCAAAGUCCAAAGAACAAAUGCUCAAACUAGCAAAGAAUAUUGUUAAACAAAGCACCGACAAGGCCCUGGAAGGCAAUCCCACGGCCCAAUUCGGAAACUUAGUGACAGUGGAUAGGGAGGAAAUGGAGAACUUUCGAGGGAUCGCGAAUCUCGUCCAGGACUAUAUGAAGACUCCCCAGACUAAGCCGCUCUCGAUUGGUGUCUUUGGCUUUCCCGGAUCAGGAAAGUCUUUCGGAGUGGGCGAGGUGAUCAAAGCAGUGGCUAGUGGACAGGGGAAAGAGAUUCACAAAUUGGAGUUUAACCUGUCCCAGUUCCUGGAAUAUUCAGACCUACUCGCUGCGUUUCAAAGUAUUAGAGACCAGACCUUUUCCAACAAAGUACCGGUGGUCAUGUUCGACGAAUUCGAUUGUUCUUUUGGCGGCAAAGCCCUGGGGUGGCUACAGUACUUCCUUGCCCCGAUGCAGGACGGUAAAUUUCUGGAACGUGGACAUCUCCGACCCCUGGGGUCCGCCAUUUUCAUUUUUGUUGGUGGUACAUCUCCAACCUUUGCCGAAUUUCAAGCAACAGCCCGUAAACCGGCCGCUGUGGCCGCGAAGAAGCCCGACUUUGUGAGCCGCCUCCGUGGCUCGGUUGAUAUCUGGGGACCCAAUAAGCUCAGCUCGAGAGAUGACAGUGACGAAACAUACACAGUCCGACGUGCCAUCAUUCUUCGCUCGUUACUUGAAAAGAAUGGGUUGGUGGGCCCAAAGGUGGGAGGUAGACAGUUCAAAGUGGCAGAAGAUGUCCUCAAGGCACUGCUAAACGUUUCGGGGUUCCAUCAUGGCACUCGAUCUCUGGAAGCAAUCAUCAAGAUGAGCCGCAUAACACCCGGCGAAGAGUUCACGGCCGCUGGGCUUCCGUCGGCCGAUCGCCUGGCUCUCUAUGUAGACCCCAUCGAAUUCGGAGAAUGGCUCAAGGGGUGGCGAGACGGCAACGUGAAGAAGAGAGAAGCCAUUGAAAGUGAUAUCUACGAUGCAUAUAAGAACAACCAAGCCACUGUGAACGAUUGGGAACCCAGCCAUGAAGAAAAUAUGUUGUUGAGCAAGGCGGUUGCGAAGAAUAUUUCUAGUUUUCUUGACAGCAGCAAAGCGACUGACUUAACAAAAUGGGAGAAGGACCCCCGACCCGACCAAAACAAAGAAAAGAAAAUCAAGGAAGCCAUAGCCCACGGCGUCUAUGAUCAGCUCAAGGCCAUCAGGUCUGAUAGGAGAAUGGCAGCGGCGAUGAUGCCUUGGUGGUUCGUCGAGAAGCAGAACGAUCCUAGGAAUAGAUACUUCGUGAUAGCCGAUACUGUCUGGGAACGUCUCACAGGGGUGAAGACAGCAGCAGCAACAGAAACAUUCUGCGCUCCUGCUGGCAUCUGGGCGGUUCUAUUGGUGCCAGAGACUGGCGGAAAGCCAUUAAAACAACUGGAUGAACUGAUUGGGGAUACCGACCAGAGUGUAACUCCUGUCCUUGAUACAUUUCAUGGCAUGUCUGUAAAGGACUUUGAUUGCACGGACAUCGCCAAACGACAACGAGUUGGGGCCGGUGCGCAGGAUCGGUUUCCGUCUGCUUGUGCGCGAGGUACAGGUCUUUGGACCGAUAUCCGCAUGCAAUCAGAUAACAGUGGCGUAGGUCGGUAA